AUGUGUGCGUGUAGUAGUGCCUUUCCCACGCCACCACACUCGGCGACCGCAAUCCCUGCUAGGGUCGCACCUCGUGGCCCCCAGGUCGCACCUCCCUUUUCCCCCCCAGGUCGCACCUCCUCCAACCUCCUCCCGUCCCUCACCCCCAUGUUCCUUCCAACCCUGCCCUCAGCACAUUUUAUCUCCUCCCUUCCCUCCCCCCCCUUCUUUCCCUCAAGUAAUCCCCUCUAUCCCGCCGUUUCCCCCCUCCAUGCCCUCAUUCCCAUCCCUGCUUCCCCUCAUUUCACCAUUGCGUUCCGUGGCAGACGCGUGGGUGCAAGGCGCGUCAGGGUUGGCGAGCGCGGGUUUAGAGUGGGAAGUUCAUCUCGCACUCAACUGCGCUCACACGAACAGGGGCAUUCCUCCGAAUCCCUUCAAUCCCCUGCACCUAUCCCCCCUGGCCUCCUCUGUACCCCUGUCCUCCCCUCCCCCCUGUCCUCCCCUCUCCCCCCAAUCCUCCCCUCUCCCCCCUGUCCUCCCCUCUCCCCCCUGUCCUCCCCUCUCCCCCGGUCCUCCUCUCUCCCCUCUGUCCUCCUCUCUCCCCCCGUCCUCCUCUCUCCCCCCUGUCCUCCGCCCCCACGCAGUCCUCCUCUGUUCACGCUGUCCUCUCUCAUCCCGUCCUCCCCUCUGUACGCCCUUCCUCUCCUCCUCCAGCCCGUCAUCCCCUCGUUUCCCUUCUCCCGUUUCCCUCCACCCCAUAUCCAUUCCCCCCAUUUCCCGCCCCCGUUUCCCUUGCCACCGUUCCCCUCUCCCCCACUUCCCGUCCCCCCAAUCUCCCUUCUCUCCGUUUCCCUUCCCCCCGUUUCCCUUCCCCCCGUUUCCCUUCCCCCCGUUUCCCUUCCCCCCGUUUCCCCUCCCCCCGUUUCCCUCCCCCCCGUCGCCCUUCCCCCCGUUUCCCUCCCCCCCGUUUCCCCUCCCACGAUUUCCCCCCCCCCGCCCGUUUCCCUUCCCCCCGUUUCCCUUCCCCCCAUAUCCCUUCUUCCCGUUACCCUACCCCUCUCAUACAUUUCCCUCAUCUCCCUUCCCCCCGUUUCCCUUCCCCCCACUUCCCGUCCCCCCUUUUUUCCCGCCCCUCCUUUUUCCCGUCCCCCCUUUUCCCGUCCCCCCUCUUCCUGUCCUCCCUUUUCCCUCAACCCCGCUUCCCUUCCCCCCGCUUCCCUUCCCCCCGUUUACCUUCCCCCCGCUUCCCUCCCCCCCGUUUACCUUCCCCCCGUUUACCUUCCCCCCGUUUCCCUACCCCCCGUUGCCCUUUCCCACAUUUCCCUUCCCUCCAUUUCCCGUCCCCCCCUCUUCCUUCACCCCGUUUCCCUUCUCCCCAUUUCCCUUCCCCCGUCUCCCUCCCCCCCGUUUCCGUUCCCCCCUGUCAUCCUCUCUCCCCCCUGUCCUCCUUUCUCCCCCUGUCAUCCUCUCCUCCCCGUGUCUUCCUCCCACCUCCCCACUCCCCUCACUUUCUGCACCGCUCCCACCUCCCUUUCCCCCCCAGGUCGCACCUCCCUUCCCCCCCCAGGUCGCACCUCCCUUUCCCCCCCAGGUCGCACCUCCCUUCCCCCCCCAGGUCGCACCUCCCUUCCCCUCCAGGUCGCACCUCCCUUCCACUCUUUCUAUCUCCUCCCUCCCCUCUCCCCCUUCUUUCCCUCAUGUCCCCUCCUCCUUCCCCCCAUUUCCCCCCUCCAACCCCUCAUUACCAUCCCUCCUUCCCCUCGUUUCACCCUUUUCUUCCGCAGUUCCCCACUACUUUCUCUCCUGGUUUCCCCCCUACGCCCUUCCGCCACCCGCGCCUGCAGCCGCGUGACCGACACGGAACCGCCAGCUGCGCGUUUGACGAAGUGCCGGGAUGCGCACAUUCACAUGCCAGCGCCUUCCAGCAUCCCUCCCGACCUCUUCCUCUCCUCCCAUUCCUCUCUGUCCUCCAAUAGUGCUAUCAGAGCUGCGGAGCUGCCUUCCUUUAGGGCAUGGGCGGGGAUGCAGGCAGGAGUGGCCUCUCCACUCGCCCUGCCUACACACGCACUGCACAGCCUCUCCUCCUUCCUACCUGUUUGGGCCUGA